GUCCGAUACAUUUGUGUAUUCAUGUAUGGGACACGCAGUCAAUUGCAAAGUUUGGCAACGAUCUUAAUAGGGGGCAAACAUCUCUUUUAUAUAGUGCCACGGAUUGUCUAAAAUAUACAAUGGCUGACACAGAUCCUGUUUUGAUAAAGAUAGUUGAUAAUUGUAUUUAAUGCAAAACCGUAUAUAAACGCCUGUCGUCCAAAUCGGAAGGUUUUUAAUUACCUGUUCUGAAUCUGUGAGUAAUUUGACGAUUAUACCAACAACAGAAAGUUUGAUCUUAUUAGCAUUAACUCUGAUUGGAAUAUUCAUUUAAAUCUGCUCUUCAUAAGACUGCUUUCUUUGCAUUGGAUUUGCUCGCAAUAUGUUGAAAACCUCGGAAAACCAGCAAUCAAAGGAAGUGUCAGAUGACGAGGAUGACGAUACCCAAGAUGAGUCUGAUGGUGAAGAUGAAGUGCACGAUAAUCCGGACGAUAUCAUUACGUUAAACGUUGGCGGUAUACGACAUGAAACAAGACUUCAAACGUUAAGGAAGUACACCAGGAAGACAACCCGGCUCUCAGAAGUAGCAGACAUUGCGGAAAAAAUGGGGAAAAAAGAGUUCUACUUUGACCGUCAACCCGAAUUCUUCCCAUUUAUUCUUAAUUUUUACCGCUCGGGGAAACUUCACUUGCCCCUCAAUAUGUGUGGCAUGAUACUCAAAGAAGAACUGAAGUACUGGAUGAUAGAUGAUAAAGAUAUAGAACAGUGUUGUUGGGUGCACUACAUCAAGUAUGAAGAAACACACGGGAUGUUAGAAAUGUUCGACCAAGACGAGAAACACAACCGUCUCGCAACGAAAAGAAUCAAAGCAGACGCUUCUCGAUUCGAAAGAAUUCGACCGAAACUUUGGAGAUUUCUGCAAGAUCCAUACUCAUCGAAAGGGGCAACAGUGUAUGCUGUAAUUUCUCUCCUGAUCGUCAUUCUUUCCAUCACUGUCGUCAUGGUGGAGACUCUUCCGUACUUCGGCUCAAUCUACGCACAUUCCAAAUCAGAUAAACGGAAUUUUACCAGCGAAGAACUCAAAGACGCAAUGAACAUAUUCAAAACAGCAACAACCCCAUUGUCCAUUUUACUUAUCGUCGACAAUAUAUGCAAUAUAUAUUUCCUAUGCGAGUUGAUGUUAAAGUUUAUUGCCGCUCCAUACAAAAGACGGUUCCUUAUCACGCCAUUCACCCUGAUUGAGUUCGCUUGUUUGAUUCCUUACUAUGUUGCUGUGACUAUCGUUUUUAUACAUCCCGAUCCAAUCGACGUUUUCGAUAUAGUUCGUCUGUUGUUGGCAUUACGUGUUAUGCGGAUUUUCCGUAUCUUCAUUUUGAUGAAGCAUUUCAUGGCACUAAAGGUCCUGAUGUACACAAUGAAGGCCAGCACUAACGAAUUGUUUCUGCUCCUGCUUGUCGUCAUCCUUGGAGUAGUCAUCUUUGCUUGUUUAGUGUAUUACAUGGAAAUUUUCUCUGACGAAGACUCUGAUUUUCAACACAUCCCGCUCGCAUUUUGGUGGGCUCUCAUUACCAUGACAACAGUUGGAUAUGGCGACAUGACUCCAAGCACGGGGCUAGGGUAUGCGGUCGGAUCCCUCUGUGCUAUCAGCGGAGUCUUGGUCAUCGCUCUGUCAGUUCCUGCCAUCGUACAGAACUUUACCUUGUUCUAUACGCACGCUCAGUCUCGUUCUAAAUUAAAGCAACGGAAACGGAAGUAUAGGCAAGCAAGAUGGACAAGGAUAACGGAACUGUUAAGAGAUAAAAUGGGACAUUCAGAAAAACCGUCCUUGCUUAAUAUUGUAAAACUUGCACAAAACAACAAGCUAAGGCGUAAAACAGUUUUUAUUCCACCAUCAACCUCAAAUGGACAUGCCCCCCAACCCAGGGAUCAAAGGUCUCAUAGCGUGGCUGAAUCUCUUACCAAGAGAGAUGUUUCUAUGUUGUUGCAGAAACACAAUACUGAUUUAAACAAUGGUAAUGUCUCUGAAAAGACAUCGAAUCCAUCUGAAGAAAAAAAGACAAAGUUUCCAUUCCCUGAUCUCAAAAUCAAAAGAAACCAAGUAGCGAGUGCGACAGUGGAACGUCAAAAUUCUGAAAAUGAAAAUCUUGAUAAGAAGGAGAGACGCAAAAGUAGUAGUUCUAGCAACAUCAGUGAAAGUGACAUCACAUCUCCCAAAAGUGUGCGAUGGGCUGUUCAAACGGAUGGAGUCAAAACUAGUAAAAAUAUAAACAGUAAGGAUUUGAAUGAUGAGGUUGACUCAGCAGUGAUUGAAAUCCAUUCCCCAGCUACUUCACUUCCGACACUGCAAGAGGACGACGAAGCAGAUAUUUCAAAUUCUGAAAAUGAAAAUAAUGACAAUGGUGAGUCACCUUCAGGAUUGAAACGGGUGAUAAGACAUGAUACAAAAUACAGAAAUAAUGAAAGGGAAUCUGAAAGUCCUUUAGGGGCGGAUCGAGAAGAAAAACGAAGGCGUAAAAGUUCAGAUAAAGAAAAAAGAACGCGCAAAACCUCGGAUUCGGAAUACGAAAGUUCUUCAGGAAAGGAUGAUGAUUUGUUAGAUGAAGCAUACGAGGAAAUGAGAUUUGUCCAUAGAAACAGUAUUAUCAGUAUGGAAACGGAGGAAAUUUCAGAUGAACACAAACUUUCAAGAAGUCGAUCGAAUUCAAUUAAUUGAAUGUCGUAAUAUUAUUUAAAAUAAAUCGUAUUUAUUUUCGUUGCAUCAACGAACAAUGUCAGAA